AAGGCAGAGCCAUGGAGGUUGUAACACAUCUGGUGAAUGACACUGUAGAAUUUUACAAAUGGGGCCUUACUAUAGCAGACAAGAGGGUGGAGAACUGGCCAAUGAUGUCAUCUCCCGUCCCCACUUUGGCCAUCAGCUGCCUGUACCUGCUCUUCCUGUGGGCGGGGCCUAGAUACAUGCAGGACCGCCAGCCCUAUGUACUCAGGAAGACCCUCAUAGUCUACAACUUCAGCAUGGUGGUACUCAACUUCUACAUCGCCAAAGAGCUUCUACUAGGCUCUAGAGCAGCCGGGUACAGUUACCUCUGUCAGCCUGUCAACUACUCCAAUGAUGUCAAUGAAGUCAGGAUAGCAUCUGCUCUCUGGUGGUACUACAUCUCCAAAGGAGUGGAGUUCCUGGACACAGUCUUUUUCAUCCUGAGGAAGAAGUUCAAUCAGGUCAGCUUCCUCCACGUCUACCAUCACUGCACCAUGUUUAUCCUUUGGUGGAUCGGCAUCAAAUGGGUCCCCGGCGGACAAUCAUUUUUUGGUGCAACCAUCAACUCUUCCAUCCAUGUCCUCAUGUACGGUUACUAUGGCCUGGCAGCUUUGGGACCUCAGAUGCAAAAGUACCUCUGGUGGAAGAAAUACCUCACCAUUAUUCAGAUGAUCCAGUUCCAUGUGACCAUCGGCCAUGCAGGUCACUCCCUCUACACAGGCUGUCCGUUCCCCGCUUGGAUGCAGUGGGCUCUGAUUGGCUACGCCGUCACCUUCAUCAUCCUCUUUGCCAACUUCUAUUACCACGCUUACCGACGCAAACCUUCCUCCACGCAGAAGGGAGGCAAGCCCGUCGCAAACGGCACUUCUACGGUAUCUAACGGUCACAGCAAAGCGGAGGAAGUGGAUAACGGGAAGAGGCAAAAGAAAGGAAGAGCAAAAAGGGAGUAAAGCAUGAGGAGGGGCCUGCGUGGCAA